CCAUGACGAGCGCACAGCGGUUUCAGUAUUUAUUUCACAUCGCUAAGAGUUCGCAACGCUUAACGUCUCCAAACUUUAUUUUAAACAACCAGCAAACAAGCUAAACAACAAGCAAUCAUGAGCUCCGCUGAGUACUAUCCAUUCAAGUGCACACCCACCGUUUACCCCGCGGAUCCCUUUGAUCCCGUCGAGGAUGCGGCCAUUCUGCGCAAGGCCAUGAAGGGCUUUGGCACCGAUGAGAAGGCCAUCAUUGAGAUCCUUGCCCGUCGCGGCAUUGUCCAGCGUCUGGAGAUCGCCGAGGCAUUCAAGACCGCCUACGGCAAGGAUCUGAUUUCGGAGCUGAAGUCCGAACUGGGCGGCAAAUUCGAGGAUGUGAUUGUGGCGCUGAUGACGCCGCUGCCGCAGUUCUAUGCACAGGAGCUGCACGAUGCCAUCUCCGGUCUGGGCACCGAUGAGGAGGCCAUCAUUGAGAUACUGUGCACCUUGUCGAACUAUGGCAUCAAGACCAUUGCCCAGUUCUACGAGCAGGGCUUCGGCAGGUCCCUGGAGUCGGACCUUAAAGGCGAUACCAGUGGACACUUCAAGCGCCUGUGCGUCUCGCUGGUGCAGGGCAACCGGGAUGAGAACCAGGGCGUCGAUCAGGCGGCCGCCAUUGCCGAUGCCCAGGCGCUGCACGAUGCCGGCGAGGGCCAAUGGGGCACGGAUGAGUCCACCUUCAAUUCGAUUCUGAUCACGCGCUCGUAUCAGCAGCUGCGUCAGAUUUUCCUCGAAUACGAGAAUCUCUCCGGCAAUGACAUUGAGAAGGCCAUCAAGCGUGAGUUCAGCGGCUCUGUGGAGAAGGGCUUCCUGGCCAUCGUCAAGUGCUGCAAGUCCAAGAUUGACUAUUUCUCUGAGCGUCUGCACGAUUCCAUGGCCGGUCUUGGCACCAAGGACAAGACGCUGAUACGCAUUAUUGUCAGCCGCUCCGAGAUCGAUCUGGGCGAUAUCAAGGAAGCAUUCCAGAACAAGUACAACAAGAGCCUGGAAUCGUGGAUCAAGGGCGAUACAUCUGGCGAUUAUAAGCGUGCCCUAUUGGCUAUUGUUGGAUUCUAAAAAAGAAAUCACAUGCCCCAAACCAACAAUACAAAAAUUGUCACUGUCGUGUCUGUUCCAAGCCUUAAGCACACACAUAUUGUACAAAAUUUGACUAUCGAAUAGUUAGACCACAUAUACAUAUAUAAAUCUUAUAUGUACCUAUAUAUACAUAUAUAUAUAUAUAUAUAUACUAUAUGAUCUACGAAUGCAAAUGUGGAACACAGACUUACGAGCAACGCAGUGCAUUUAAUGAGGCCUACAGUCGCAUCACAUGUUAAUUAGUAUACAUAAUUUUAUGCACACUCAUUGCACAUAGUUUUAUCUCAAUUUUAACUAUACCUUUAUAUAUAUAUAUAUACAUACAUAUGCCUUGCUAUAUCUGCAGCUUAUGUUUUUUGUUUUUUAUUAUUUGUCUCGAGUCUCAUUUGCAAAAAGUUCUAAGUUACAAUAUUGUUAAAAACAAA